AGUAAUGACUCUAUCUUUUUUUUGAAUGUCAAAUAAUUACCAUAUUAUUGGCAUACUUUUGUAUUUGUCUCAUCAAUAAAGCUAGAAGGAUGAAGUAAUUGAAACGAUCCUCAAAAACUCUAAAGAAUCAAUAUUUGUUGACAAAGAGGAUAGCUAUAGUGAUGACUUCAGCCAGCCUGAGAAGGUUAAAGAAAGUAGUGCUGAGUCUAUAAAAGAAGCACUUCCUAGCCACAGACACAGUCUUUCCAAACUAAUAGACUGGCCAGAAGACGAUCUUCAGCUCGACAGUGACACUAUGACUCUUGCUAAGAACUACAUAUCCCAACUCUACUCCAAAAUCCGCACUUUGGGCCGCUGAAAUGAUAUAGAAAACUCUACAGAUAUGAAGCACACGGGUUGUGAAAGACAAGGGAGGCAGAUGAUCAAUAUUGGAGAUCUGUCAAGUUCGAAACAGAUUAGUAACCAGUUAUGCACAAAGAAAAGAGGCUAGUUCAUUUAUUCAUAGAAGAACACAAGGUCCAGCCUACCCAGGCUAAACUCUUUAUAAAAUAAGCUGAACCUGAUUUAUAGAUCUCACUACAAAAGCCCAAAUUCCACGAGUCUUGGAAAAUAAGAGAAAUGAGGAAAGCAAACAUACUAAUGAGGCUAAAGCAGGAUUUAAGAUGGAGGCUCGUGAACAAGGAGAAUCUAUUUUCCAUCAUAAGAUAGCAAUCGAGCACAAGAAGAGAAAAUAAUUGAAGUAUGAGGAAUGCAAGACCUAUAAUAAAGGAGAAGGAGGUUAAGCUAGAUGAUAUUUCUACUCCCAAAGAAAUUCCAUCCCAGAAGGCGGUAAAGGUUAAGUUUCCAAAACCAAAUGUUUCUCCAAAAUAAGCAGAAUAUGAUUAAUAUUGAUACGAGGAAUAUAAAUAUAUUUGAUGACAACCAUCCAAGAAAAUGAAGGGCAAGGAAUAACAGAAGUUUAAGAUUAAGGCUAGGGAAGAAGGUCAUUCGAAAAGUGAAACCAGUGAAGCUGAAAGACCCAGUACAAGCUUGAGCAAGCAGUAUCUUGGAUGCUGUGAUCAGAGCGCUUUGUCAUGAAGUUAUUGAUGACCUUCCCAAAGAUAUCGUCAUUUCUAAAGAAAAAGUGCAUGCUUCAGGAGCAGCUACUCAAAAAUCAGGCGUAACUUCUCGAGGCUACAGAGGAAUCUCUGCUGAUCGAAAUUUUUCAAUCCGAAGGAAAAGAUGCAAGAGGAGAAACUUCUCAAGACAUGUUAAUUAUUCCUAUGUUCGGAAUGGGAGGGAUAAGACUCUUCCAACAAUAGAUCAAAGGCCAAUGAAAUUCUCACCUCCAAAUGAGUUAUUUUCAGAUCCCAGAAUUUUAGACAAAGAAUCUUUCGAUAAACUCAUAUUAAGAAACAAACACAAAAAGACACUAAGAAUGAAACACAACUUAAGAAAGACUGGAGGUUUCAGCAUGAAUUCUCCUAAUAGAAGCCCUAGAGUAAAGUUUAACCGCCAACAGCUCAUUAACUACUUAUUUAACCAGAAGACUACCAAGAAAGAUCAGGAUCUAAUAUUUAUUUAUACGCAGAAGCUCCAGUUCAUUUAG